AUGGGAAAAGAACAGGACCUUUUGAAAUACAUCGAAUCGAGCGACAAUUAUAAGUCUUUGAAGAACAACCCUCAGAAAGUCAUUGAAGCAAUCGAGGAAUACCUGAACACGAACAAGGUCGGCUUCAUGACCAUUGGCCUCCAGAAAGGUGAAUUGAUCAUUGAGGAAAUGCGCAAGGUCUCGCCCCAGAUCAUGAUUGAAUUGGGCUGCUACAUUGGGUAUUCUGCUAUUCUUUUCGGCAACGAACUCAGAAGGCUCAAUGCUGGCGGAAGCAAGGCGUCCGCUGAUUUCAAAUACUACUCUUUCGAGGCCAAUGAGGAGUAUGCCCUGAUUGCACAGAAGCUUAUCGAUUUGGCCGGCCUCUCCAAUGAAGUGGAGAUCAUUAUCGGCGAAGCGGGUACCACCCUUCCGGAAUUCGAGCAACGCCUCAAUCGCGAGAAGAAGACCUACACCCCUGUCGAUUUUGUAUUCAUCGACCACUGGAAGGAUCUCUACGUGCCUGACUUGCGUGUCUUGGAGUCGCUCAACUUGAUAUAUCCUGGCACCGUGAUUUGUGCUGAUAACAUUUACCGCCCCGGCGCACCUGAAUAUGUGGCCUACGUUCAGUCGACACCACAGGAAAGACAGAAACACAAUCAAACUGUUGAGAAUCGCAGUGGCAAGAUGUAUGCUGGUCGUUGGAAUGUGCUUUACGAUCUGAAGACCGUUCCAGUGAGGACUGCUGGAAGAGACUUUGAAGAUGCCGUGGAAAUAACCCGUUGUGUUGAGUACCUUUCCGGCUGA